AUGAUUCAAGAGCUAGCUUCAUUGAAUUCACUGAAGGAGCUCGAAAUCAAUGCGAAACCCGGUGCAUUUGGUGCAUGGGUCCCGGAAGACUUGCUUGGGUUCCGAAACCUACAAAGCCUGACACUAAUUAUGCCUGCACGAUCGGUUGUGGAGCUCUUGCCUGCCUGGUGUCGCGAAAAUAAAGAUACCCUCGAAAGUCUUGUGAUUAUAUGCAAGUCCGCGCCUUAUCCCAAUGAUGAUAUCCUGCAAAGCAUGCUACCUUCUUUACAAAAUAUACGCCGCCUCCAUCUUGCUGGAUGCAUCAAGGUCACUGAACAGUCGGUCGGAAAUAUUCUAGCCGACAACUGCCGGAUUCAGUCCCUAGCCCUCGAAACCUGCUCGCCACGUUUUAACAUGGGCUUGUUUGCUUCAGAUUGUGAAGCUCAGAAAAGACUUCGAUUCCUCACCUCGAUAUCACUAACCGUGCCAACUUCGGAGGGGCUGAUCAACGUCGGAAAUGGUGGAACCGACGAGUUCAUUUCCUACGAGGGUGUUGACCAUGAAGCUAUCAAAGAGCUCAUCGAUUUGCAUGCGUCCACACUGAGACGGAUAGGCAUCCAACGGCUCAUUGUUCCUCUGGAGUCAAUGGCCUAUGCAUGCGAGAAAUGCUCACAGCUAGAGGAGAUCUUCGCUACGUUAUGUGGCGUCGGCAGAGAUGCCCUCGCGCAGGCACUGGUUGCCGGGAAGCGCCUUCGAAACGUGCAUUUGACCUUAAUGACUGACGUAGCUGGAGAGAUGCGCCCACUCCACCUUCUCACAGCACAGGAGAUCUGCCAACACAUCGCUCGAAACUGCGGGGACUCGUUACAGCUCAUCGGCUCUCAAACCAGGGUCUGGCAGGUGACCAGGAGCUUUUCUACAGGGCAGACUGUCAGGACACUCGGACCUUACAGCGGGCAGCAGAUUCCGGAGCAGUUCUUGAUGAUGAGAGCUUAA